AUGGCAAGCUUCUUGUGGCUUCUGAUGGCCCUGACCUACUCUUUACCCAGCGCCAUCCAAGCUCAACUGCCGACGGCACAGCCAGCGCCAAACCCGCAACAGUCCAACAUGCUACCCCGUCCCAUGGCUCAAGCAUCCUCCGGCCAACAGCAGUUCUUAUCUCAACAGCAGCCAACCUCUAGGCCCGGAACCAUGCCCCCAGCUGGAAUGGUUCAAGAGAGCGGAGCUUACCCGAGAACCGGCGUUCCCUCACAAACCCCUCCACCUCAAGACGCAUCUUCAAUCCAAGAGUCGCCAGCCCAGUUUCCGCCCAAUAACCCAGCGAUGGUAAGAAACCAGACACCACCAAUGAGUGAUGCUAUGGGAAUGAAUCCCCCUCAGACGAUGGCCCCACCCCAGACUAUGAUGACCUCAGCUCAGACGAUGACCCCGCCUCAAACAAUGAUGACCCCGCCGCAGACAAUGAUGUCUCCCCCUCAGACAAUGAUGGACCCGGCUCAGACAAUGACCCCGUCGGAGAAGAUGAUGGCCCCGGCAGAUAAGAAUCAGACAAAGACGCCACCGAUGGAUUUCUCUUCGCUAAUACCAUUCCAGAAAAUUCCGCCGAUGUACUCGAUGAAGCAAGCCUCUAACACUAGCCUUACACCGUCUCCGACAGGAUCAACAAUCAGUCCCGCCUCCUCUGAUCAGACAAAAAAUAAUAGCCCUGCCUUGAAUGCGACGAUGUCUGCCUACAACAAGAAGAACGCAACCGCUAAAAACCAGCCCUCCUUGGCGACCAAAAACCAGACCCUUCCGGCGCCCGACAGCUUGUCUUCGAUAGGCGCGACGAGCCUCCCGUCUUCAGCCAACCAGACGAUGGCGUCUAAAGCUAAUCGAAAAGCGCCGCCCACGGAUAUGUCUCCAGGACUGCAGAUGAAUAGCUCCAUGUCUCCAGGACAGCAGAUGAACAGCUCCAUGGAAAUCUCCCAGGCAGAAAUGGCAGGACCAGGGACGGGUCAAGUGUCACCCAAGGCGAUGAAAUCCGCCCCGAUCAUGGGCACUUCUGCCCCCAGAAUCGACACUGUCACUACUCCUUUGCCAUUAGCAGCAGAAACCAACGACAGUACUACUCCUGAUUUCGCGCAGCUCAUCGCCACUGAAAAGUUCAAUGGCAUGAUUCAAGUUAAUGCUCAGGAUGAUCUAAAGGCUCAAGAGUUGAUCAAUCGAUUGAGGGCCGCUUCUAAAAUGAAAUUGAAUAGCCAUCAACUCGGCAAUCAAACUGUAUUUUUGAAUAGUUUGACAGCUGAGCAAAAAAUGAUUUUAGAGGGUAAGAUGAGAAGCUUAGCAUUAACUCCUACUCAGCUACAACUGGAGGCAAACUAUCUCGGUAAUUUUGUUUCUGCAACGGACAAGAUGGCUCACCAAGCUGGCUUCGACGCCAUCAAGAAAUAUUUAACACCUGAAGCCCAACGCGGAUUCGACGCGUCCGAAGGAAUGAAAAGUUUAAUACUAACUGAUGAGCAAAAAUAUCGGUACGAAGAAGGAUCAAGAGAGUUUUUGGAGGACCCGGGCAUGCGUAACCAAUCUGGAGCAAACCACAAUUCGAGUCAUCUGUCCGACCAAAAUCUCCUCGUCUUGUUCGGGCUCUUCAUCUCUGGCCUUUUGAUCAUCAACGCCUAA